AUGGAGGCUGUUGAAUCGGAAAGAAUUCACGAAAGUUGCUUCCAGGACAGCCAUUGGGUUCGUGGUCAUGGGAUUCAUCGGCUUUUUUGUGAAACUAAUCUUCAUCCCCAUCAACAACAUUAUUGUCGGAUCGUAAUUAAGAUCCCGGUUCCUCCCUGGUGGAUAGACAGGUUCCAGCAAGCCUUCAGGGAUAUCGUCAUUGGAGCAGACUGGUUGGACAGUGCACUUUACGUUAUGUGUGUAAGCAAGCUGAUGUAUUUUGAUAAUUGUUCUGAACUACUACAUGAGAUGAAGACUAAUUCCACACUGGUUCAGAGGUACAAAAUUCUGCAUUCGACCUUAUAG